AGACCAGUCACAAACAACUCAACAACGUCAUCGGGCCGAACGUUAACAGUUUAAGGCGUUGGCGCCACCUUAUAAGAGUCAACAUCAACAGCUAAAUUUUCUGGAGACAUGGCGAAAUUUCUGCUCUCUUGCAUUAUCGCCAUCUGUUGUGCCAGUCUUAGCAUUGCCAUGGAUUCUGCAUCCAACAGCUACAGCCAACCUACCACCAGCGAGAUUUUGGUCGGGAAGGGUCCAGGCUGGGAGUGUAAAUACACAACCAUGCCACCUUAUAUGUACAACUGUGGUUGCACACGGAUCUCUGAACUACGCCUCGCUGAUGUGAACUUCUUCGACAAUACGGUCACUGAUCUGUGGGUACCAUGCAACGCGAAGCUACCGAGCUACAAUGCGUCUGUUUUUGACGGGCUACCCUCGUUCAUCAGACAAAUUAAAAUCUGGGAUUGUUUUGAGGAGGAGGUUGGGAAGGAAGUGCUAUACGGGUUGAUAAACAUAGAUUCUCUGGAUCUGGUAAACAUGUUGUCGCUUUUCGUCAAUAGGGUUCUCGACCAUUGGAUAACGGAACCACUCGCUCCGGUGAGGCUAGAUCCCGAGCUGUUUGCCUCCGUGCCCCAGCUGAGGAAACUGAACCUGCGCUGGCUUUUCAUGGACACGUUUCCGGAGGCCCUCUAUCAUAAAAUAAAUGGACAAGCACCCCUUCAAAACAUGUUGGAACUGGACCUUUCUUGGAACAGAAUUCCAGACGUUAAAUCAGAGUAUUUCAGCAAUAUGAUAAAGCUGAAUGUUCUCGAUAUAUCUUUCAAUCAUAUACACAACUUAUCCGAUUCACUUUUGAUGUUGCGAAAUCUGCAACGUCUCCAUAUCAAAGGCAACCACAUUGAAAGUCUGGAUGGUUCGCCUUUCAAAACUUUGAGAGAGCUCAGCACCUUAGUAUUAUCCCAAAUGCGCCCGAUCAUAAAUAUAACUUUACCGGGACAUGUGGGACACAAAUAUCCCCAGCGAGGGGCACUUCGGUUUAUUCAUCCAAGUUCCUUCGUAGGUUUGUGGAAUCUCAAGGAACUUCAGAUUGAUAUCAAUAGCAUUGAACUGAUACAGAAUGGAACAUUUGACCCACUCAUCAAACUAGAACAAUUAAACCUAUCUGUUGGACUCAUAUCCACGAUUGAAGAGGAUGGAUUUCGAGGGUUGCAAUCUCUGAGCUCGUUGGACCUGAGCUAUAACAAUCUGUCAUGCAUCGGAAAUUCUGUUUUUGAAAACUUGCCUGCCUUGCUUAAACUGAAUCUGGAAGGCAAUUAUCCCAGAGAACCUUUAUAA